UCAAUUCCAGUACAAAAGGUUCAGAUGAAUUUGCCUUUUUAUUGUUUGUGGAGCUCACUUUAUUCCCAUUAUAUAUAGCAUUCUCUUUCAAGUCUACUCUACGAAAUUGUAAUUACAACCAAAACUAGCAGCUGAUUUAUACCUCAAACACAAACAAAAAUGCUCACUAGCUCCAUGAUGCUUUUUCAAGCCAACUUUGUGAAUCAUCAUUCAAGAAAACUUCUACUUGAUGCUCCUAUGUACUUACAUGCGUCAACAACGAUGAGAACAACAGUGGAUGCAAUAGCAGCUUCACCAACACCAAGUACAGAUACGGCAAACAAAAGCUUUGAUGCAAAUGUGGUCAUGGUGCUAUCAGUGCUUCUCUGUGCUCUCAUUUGCUCCUUAGGGUUGAACUCCAUAAUCAGGUGUGUAUUAAGAUGUUCGAAUUUAGUUCACUCUGAGUCGAAUACUAGCCAGGAAAGCACUCCAGCUAGGUUAGCCAACACUGGGAUUAAGAAAAAGGCAUUGAAGACUUUCCCAGUUGUUAGCUAUUGGGAAGGGCUGAAAUUACCUGGAUUAGGCAAAGAAUGCGUGAUAUGCUUAAGUGAGUUCAUCGUAGAAGAACAAGUCAAAAUUCUGCCAAAAUGCAACCAUGGAUUCCAUAUUCGAUGCAUCGAUAAGUGGUUGAGUUCACACUCCUCCUGCCCAACUUGUAGGCACUCCCUCAUAGAAACAUGCCAGAAGAUAUUGUCAGGUGGGGCAUGUAACAGUACAACACCAUUUCAAGGACAAAAUCCAAGUGGUGUCAAUAUUAUAAGCCUCGCGCCUUUACAACCUGAGCGUUUUGUACGAAGCUAUGAAAUGUAGUUUAAUUUCAAAAUAGGACUUAAAAUGUAAAGUAUUUAAAAUGUUUGAGUUGUAAAUAAGUUAGCAUUCGUAUAGUAAUUUAUAUUAAGACCAAUAUUCCCAUCAA